GACCUCCCAGAUGCAGGCAGACACCUCCGGCCAUCUACAGUCAAGGGAGUUGCUAAACCACCAGUUGGAGCCUCGUCUUUGCUUUCACAGCCUUAUGGAGGUUCUCUUCCAUUAAUUACUUUCAGUGGAUAUAAUAAUUUGUUGAACUCUUGUAUAGUCUUGCUGCCACAGCAUUUUGAGGUAGAGUUUCACAUUUUUAUAAUGCAGUGUACAGAAAGCUUUUGUCAUGAGUGAUCAUUUAAUUGAAUUCUCCCAAUUUUCCUGUUUUGAGCAGUUGUGAGAAAGUGUUUUUGCAGAUACUCUGUCCAGGCCAGUUGUGACCUGUUCAGGAAGCAUUUCUUCCAGGCUGAGGAACUUCAGUAUUCCUUUUACAGAAGUAAUUGACUGUCAUUUUGAUUAAUCUUUGUACUUGACUGUAUUCUGCUACAUUGUCUUGAAGGAUUAUCAUGGCCAAUUAGCAUGCAAAAUAUGAUGCUCUAAAAACAGUCAUUGGUCCCGGAGAGAGUCAGGAGUCAUUGGGAUCUGAGUCAGGAGAUUUUGGCAUUAGGCCAAGGGGCCAGUGGUUCCAUAGUUAACAUUUUAUGGUUUAGUGCAGGGUAUCAGACUACACCCGUCAUUCUUCAGUUCCCUUUUGAGUACAGCUAUCAUAUUGAUUGUGCAGCAAAUACAAAAGCCAACUCACAGUGUGUUUGGUCCACAGACACCUUGCCACCCCAUCCCAUUGCCAAAAAUUGGCAGCAUUAUUUGUUUGCAGGCCAAACAUUAAUACCAGAGUAGAGAGACUGCGCUACUCUUUCCAUACUUGUCUGCCUGGAUAUAUUAGUGGGCAUUUCAGUGAAUAUAGUGACAUCUGGGUCUAGUAAAAGGUCUGUUUUUUUGUGGCUUUAAAUUUGCUCAUGAGCCCGGCCCUGAGAAAAUAAGGUUAUUUAUGAGCACUCUGUUACAUUUUGUCUCAUCUUGCUAUUUAAAAACCAAGCCUGUUGAAGUGAGAACAAUCAGGUUACUGUGCAAAGGAGCUGGCACGGGGCAGCGGGAUGAGCGGACAGUGGGGUGGAUUGCAGCCUGGCUGAAGGCCAGGCCCACAGGCUGGUGGUCAGUGGAAUGAAGUCUAGUUGAGGGCCAGUAACUAGCAGUGUACCCCAGAGCUUUUGUAAUUGCUUUUCCUUGGUGAGAAUGGCAAGGAUUCGGAUUCCUAGCACAGUUGUUAUAAUUUUUGUUGCGGUUCAGACCGGAUUCUUACUCUUCAUGUAUGCCCGGUAUAGUAGCUUCAUGACUCAGCCCGAGGAGAAACCAUCUCAAGUCCACAUCCUCAUUCUCUCUUCUUGGCGGUCAGGAUCUUCUUUUGUUGGUCAACUUUUCAGCCAGCACCCCAGUGUCUUCUACCUGAUGGAGCCUGCAUGGCACGUGUGGGUUACAAUGUACCAGAGCAGCGCCAAGGUCUUGCACAUGGCAGUGCGGGACCUUGUCAGGUCGGUUUUUCUGUGUGACAUGUCUGUGUUUGAUGCUUACAUGCCUUGGAAAAGAAACUUAUCUGAUCUUUUCCAGUGGGCAGUGAGUCGGGCUCUGUGUUCAGCUCCUGCCUGUGACUCCUUUCAGCGUACUGACAUAACCAGUGAAAUGGCAUGCAAGACUCUUUGUGGACGGUACCCAUUCAGCAAGGUGGAGGAAGCCUGUAAAACCUACAGUCAUGUUGUCAUCAAGGAGGUUCGAUUCUUUGACUUGAAGGUCCUCUACCCCCUUCUCACUGAUCCGUCCCUGAAUCUCAAAAUCAUUCACUUGGUCCGUGACCCCAGGGCAGUCGUCAAGUCACGGGAACAAUCGGUCAAAGCAUUAGCCCGUGACAACGGGAUCGUUUUGAGCACCAAUGGCACCAAAGUGGAAGACAGCAAAUACAAAGUAAUGCAAGAGAUCUGUAGAAGUCAUGUUCAGAUUUAUGAAACAGCUACUCUAAAACCACCCCAUUUCCUUAAAGAUCGCUAUUUAAUGAUCCGUUUCGAAGACCUGGUAAGGGAUCCAUUAUCAGAAAUCUCAGAAAUGUAUAAAUUCGCUGAUCUUAGUUUGACCCCCAUGCUCAAAAGCUGGAUCCAUAAUAUCACACAUGGACAGGGACCAGGAAAGAAAAAAGAAGCCUUCAAAAUCACAUCUCGAGAUGCAGUUAGUGUUUCACAGGCCUGGAGAAAUGCUCUUUCCUUCCAGAAAAUUAAGCAAAUACAGGAAGUUUGCAGAGGUGCUAUAAACAUGCUUGGCUAUCAGCUGGUAGAUUCAGAAAAAGAGCAGAAAGAUCUGUCACUGGAUUUAGUGCUGCCAAGAAGACAGAAUCAAUUCAGUUGGUCAUCAUUUAAUCCAAAGCACUGAGACAUGAUUUCUGAGAUUGGGGUUGGGGAGUGGUGUGUAGAUGGUUGCAUAUCUGUCUACUAUGCAGCAUAGAGGUUAUUUGAAAAUCCUUGGCUGAUAAGUUUAACUAUCUUCCCAUCUGCUGUUUUUCCAUAAUGGAAGGAGGUUUUUACCCUGAGUUUCUUACACUGAAAAACCCAAAACCAAAAAAAGGCAUGAGAAAUACUGCGGAUACUUGUCAGAUUGCACAUUUACAGCUGAGCUGUGCUGUUCUCAGCAUUGUUUUUAAAAUAUAAUUUAAGUUCAUUCUAUUAAAAGAUGAAUUAUCAAAGA